AUGAAAAUGUUGUCUAGGAAAGCUAGUUGUGAUUCUCAUGGACAAGACUCUUCCUACUUCCUAGGGUGGCAGGAAUAUGAGAAGAAUCCUUAUCAUGAAGUUCAAAAUCCUAACGGAAUCAUUCAAAUGGGACUCGCAGAAAAUCAGCUUUCGUUUGAUCUUCUUGAGUCUUGGCUUGCAAGCAAUUCAGAUGUACUGGGGUUGAAACGAAAUGGAAGAUCAGUAUUCAGAGAACUGGCUCUCUUCCAAGACUAUCAUGGCUUCCCUGCUUUCAAGAAUGAAUUGGUGGAGUUCAUGGCAAAAUUAAGAGGGUAUAAAGUAGCGUUUGAUCCUAACAAGCUCGUGCUUAUGGCGGGUUCAACUUCUGCGAAUGAGAUUCUAAUGUUCUGCCUUGCUGAACCUGGUGAAGCUUUCCUUCUUCCUACUCCAUACUACCCAGGGUUUGAUAGAGAUCUUAAGUGGCGGACUGGGGUUGAAAUUGUCCCGAUACAUUGCUCGAGUUCAAAUGACUUCAGAAUUACUGCGUCGGCUUUGGAGGAAGCCUAUCAACGAGCCCAAAAACUCAAUUUAAUAGUUAAAGGGGUGUUGGUCACAAAUCCUUCGAACCCUCUUGGCUCGACCAUGAACCGGGACGAGCUUAACCAUCUUAUUGAUUUUGCUAUCAAGAAAGAAGUCCAUAUAAUAAGCGACGAAAUUUAUUCAGGAACCGUCUUUGACUCUCCCUCCUUCAUAAGUAUCACAGAAGCUGUAAUGGAGAAACAUGUUGAUCACGAGACUGACUUAUUGGACCGCAUUCACAUUGUUUACAGCCUCUCAAAGGAUCUUGGUUUGCCGGGAUUUCGAGUGGGAAUGAUUUACUCUAACAAUGAAACAGUUGUUGCCGCAGCUACCAAAAUGUCGAGCUUUGGGCUCGUUUCUUCUCAGACUCAGUUUUUACUCUCCAAUAUGCUCUCCGACAAGAAAUUCACUAGCAAAUACAUAAAGGAGAAUCAAAGGAGACUCAAAAAGAGAAAGGAUAUGCUUGUUUCCGGCCUUCGGAGUGCUGGGAUUGGGUGUGCAAAGAGCAAUGCCGGAUUGUUUUGCUGGGUGGACAUGAGGUACCUAUUAAGGUCCGACACAUUUGAAGCAGAAAAAGAGCUUUGGAAAAGAAUUAUUUUUGAAGUUGGGUUGAACAUCUCUCCCGGGUCUUCUUGCCAUUGCUCUGAGCCGGGCUGGUUCAGGGUGUGCUUUGCAAACAUGUCCCAAGAAACAUUGAAGGUUGCAAUACGACGCAUCGAGGCCUUCGCAGAAUCAUCGAGCACCGCCUCUGGCAAAGAAAAUCUCAGCCACCAGAGAAGUGUUCGUAGUUCAAGAAGGUCACUUUCCAAGUGGGUUUUUCCAAUAUCAUCAUAUGAUGAUCAUGAACCAGCCGACCGUUAG